AUGGACCACAACCUCCCUCCAAAUAUGGUUUAUGCCAACGAUGCUGAUUUCCAGAGCUGCGAAGCUCAAAUAUCAAGGAUGGGGGAAAAGAUCCAGGAGUUUGAAGCAUCUGCGGUUCGGCUGGUCAGAUGGAGGAAUGAUGCGAUUCAGACUUUGGCUGAGGGGACAGAUAAGAUUGCCCUAGUCAAUGGAAAUUGGGUGCUUCAGAUGUGGGCCGUAAAUCUUAGAGAGUUGCACAUUUCAAUGGAGGAAAUGGCCAGGAAAAUUGGACGCAUAAGGGAGUGGAUGCAUGCUCUUGUGACGAGAGGUUUCUAUAAGGAAGAAGGAAUAGUUCAUCAAAGUUGGCCCCAGAGUGGUUAA